UCCACCACAUUCUUAUAUCGCCACACACCCGGUCGGAGUGAGGAAACUCCCGAGCAGAAUAUUUUGCGACAGAGGAUUGCUUCAAUGUUUGCUAAAUGAAGGAGUCAAAAGCCCAAACACCUCGGACUUGUUCUGCGUGGCAUCCCAGGCGUGCACAGCUAGUCACAAAAGCAGUGGUACCUCCAGUUUAGCCCUGCCCAGCCUCACACACCCCACCGGCCUGGCUCAAGGAGGGAGGGAAAAUAAGAUUGUUGUUAGUGUGGGUUCAAUAGUUGUUGCUUUACACGUGUCACGACUUCUGGUUAUUGUUUUCAGUGCAAACAGCUUUUGAAAGACUGCCCAGAAUUGGUUUCGAAUUUGGACGUUUGUUUCCGUAGACUAAAGAGGCACGAGUGCUCACAAGCUAGUAACGUUAGCGACACAAGACGAGUUCCAUCCCUCCAGACGCAACUUCGAGAGGCCAUUCAAUGUGCCUACAUUGGACUAUUUCCGAUAAUGCAACAGCCUGUCAUAUUUUACGGAUCAGUUUUAUCGCAUUGAGCAACAUAACACACAUGUGUAACGGGGAACCAUAUAAUAUUUGCCAAGCUAGCUAGUAAGCUAGCCAUCUUGCUAGACAGGUCAGCUUCCUUGUAUCAAAUGGCAAACUGUCUAGUACUAGUAGCUAACGUUAAUGAUGGCUGGACUGCUUUGUCAGAACUAUGGAAAUGAAAACGUUAGUUUGUUUUAAAGUACGUUUUUUUUAUUUUUUAUUAGCAAACCGUAUAUAAUUUGAAGACAUUGACUCCAAACACGGAAGCUAGUUGUCGUAUUUUUUAAAUGUAAUCUAUCACAUUUGAGUCGCCGAGAGCCAACAAAAGACUCAAUUUUGGAUAUCAAUUGACGAGACGAAUUAUUUCUGUGUCCCUGGUUUUAACUGGAUUUGGCCUACCCUUUUGGUUCGACGCGGGAUUUCGACGUCCACUCAUCUGUCACGUCGAUAUUUGUAUACAUUUUCCUAUCCCUCCACAACCUUUCCCCGUUUCUCUCUCCGAUGCGGAGUGCUGAGUAACGCCGGCAACCAAAUCGAUAACGGCGGCCGGACAUGCUGAAGUGUAUCCCUUUGUGGCGUUGUAACCGCCACGUCGAGUCGGUGGACAAGCGACAUUGUAAUUUGCAAAAUGUCCCCGACGAGAUAUUUCGCUACAGCCGCAGUCUGGAGGAGCUUCUCCUCGACGCUAACCAACUCCGAGAACUACCCAAGCCCUUCUUCAGACUCCUGAACCUGCGGAAACUGGGUCUGAGUGACAAUGAGAUCCAGAGGCUCCCUCCUGAGGUGGCCAACUUCAUGCAGCUGGUGGAGCUUGACAUUUCCAGGAACGACAUUCCUGAGAUCCCCGAGAGCAUUAAGUUCUGCAAGGCAUUGGAGAUUGCAGACUUCAGUGGGAACCCCCUCUCCAAGUUGCCUGAUGGUUUCACUCAGCUCAGAGGGCUCGCCCACCUGGCCCUUAACGACGUGUCAUUGCAGACACUGCCCAACGACAUAGGAAACCUGGCCAACCUGGUGACGCUGGAGCUCAGGGAGAACCUGCUCAAGUCCCUGCCCACGUCACUCUCUUUCCUGGUGAAACUGGAGCAUCUGGAUCUGGGCAGCAAUGAACUGGAUGUGUUGCCGGACACACUUGGUGCUCUCCCUAACCUACGGGAGCUGUGGUUGGACCGCAACCAGCUCUCCUCUUUGCCACUAGAGCUGGGGAACCUGCAGAGACUAGUGUGUCUAGACGUGUCAGAGAACCGACUGGAGGAGUUGCCUUCGGAGCUCAGCGGUCUGCUGGCCCUCACUGACCUGCUGCUCACACACAACCUCCUGGAGGUGGUGCCCGACAGCAUAGGCUCUCUGAAGCAGCUGUCCAUCCUGAAAGUGGACCAGAACCGACUGACCCACCUGAGUGACGCCAUAGGAGAGUGUGAGAACCUGACGGAACUCGUACUGACCGAGAACCUCUUACAGACUCUGCCUCGCUCGCUGGGCAAGUUGAAGAAGCUGACCAACCUGAAUGUGGACCGCAACCGGCUGGGCGACGUGCCUGAUGAGCUGGGUGGUUGUGCCAGCCUCAACGUGCUCUCCCUCAGAGACAACCGCGUGGCGAAAUUGCCCGCUGAGCUGGCUGACGCCACCGAGCUUCAUGUUCUGGACGUGGCGGGGAACAGGUUACAGAACCUGCCGUUUGCCCUGGCCAACCUCAACCUGAAGGCCAUGUGGCUGGCAGAGAACCAAUCACAGCCCAUGCUCAAGUUCCAGACGGAGGACGACAAGAGCACCGGGGAGAAGGUGCUCACCUGCUACCUGUUGCCCCAGCAGCCCUCCCCCAGCCUGGAGAACCUGCUGCAGAACGGUGUGGACGACAGCUGGAUAGACAGCAACCUGAACCGGGUGUCAGUUAUCCAGUUCCAGGAGGAGACUACCAAGCAGGAUGAGGACGAUGAGGCGGCUGCAGAGCGCAGGGGUCUCCAGCGCCGGGCGACGCCCCACCCCAGUGAGCUGAAGGUCAUGAAGAAGGUGAUUGAGGAGAAGAGGAACGAGGCCCACAUAUCCAGUCCUGAUGGAGAGCCAGAGUCUCCUGGUACUGAGGAGAAACGACUGAGCAAUCUGUCCAAUCAGAGCCACGACUCUGCGGCGUCCAACAGCACAGCCUCUGCCAACUCUCACGAGGAGAGACGGUGCAUGAUUACCACAGCGAGGGAGAGCCUAGUGAGUGGGCGUGGUGAGGAGGAGGAGCUAGAUGAGAUGGAGGUGGAGUAUGUAGAGCCCACGGUGCACUUUGCAGAGGAGCCCGUAUACCGGGGUGGGAUUGAGGACGGUGAGGAUGCGGAGGGUGGGGACGGGGUCCCAUGCAGCGACCUAGAGGAACAGAGGCCCCAGUUCCCUACGGAGAAGCAGCGUCUGAUCAGGAAGGACACGCCGCACUACAAGAAGAACUUCAAGAUCACCAAGCUGCCAAAACCCGAGGCGGUGGCCGCGUUACUGCAGGGCUUCAGCCCCGACGCUCACCUGGCCCAACACCCCGCCUCGCACCACCCUGACCCCGAGGAGGAGGAGGAGGAGGAGGAGGAGGAGGAGGAGGAGGAGUGUAUGGUUACUCCACAGCGCCACAACCGAAUAGAAGAGCCAGAGCAGGAGGUUAGGAGUCUGCUUCAUGUCAACUCUUCCCUGCAGCCGGUCAAGGGGGUGUCAUUUGAUCAAGUCAAUAAUCUCCUGAUUGAGCCUGCUCGAAUUGAGGAGGAAGAGCACACCCUGACCAUUCUACGGCAAACUGGGGGCCUGGGCAUCAGCAUAGCCGGAGGACAGGGAUCCACACCCUACAAGGGGGAUGAUGAGGGAAUUUUCAUCUCCAGGGUGUCUGAAGAGGGCCCUGCAGCGCAGGCUGGGGUCAAAGUGGGAGACAAACUCCUAGAGGUGAAUGGUGUGGUUCUCCAGGGGGCAGAGCACCACACGGCGGUAGAGGCCCUGCGCAGCUCGGGCUCCGCCGUCUCCAUGAGCGUCCUCCGGGAGCACAUGGUGGAGCCGGAGAACGCCAUCACCACCACACCGCUGAGGCCCGAGGACGACUACUUCCCCCGGGAGAGACGGGCCAGUGGCCUUCCCUUCUGCAUUGAGGCAGGCUCCCCCGCAGGCCUCCGACACAGGCUGUCUACCUGCCUGGCCCGCAACGACAAGGGUCUGGGCUUCAGCAUUGCUGGGGGCAAAGGCUCCACAGCCUACCGCACAGGGGACAUGGGGAUCUACAUCUCGCGGAUCGCAGAGGGAGGGGCAGCACACAGAGACUGCACACUCCGAGUAGGGGACAGGGUCAUCACCAUCAAUGGUGUAGACAUGACAGAGGCCAGGCAUGACCAGGCAGUAGCGCUGCUUACCGGCACCUCUCCCACAAUUGCUCUCCUGGUGGAGCGUGACCAGGCCGAGCCGGGCACCGCAGGGGGCUCCCCGGGCCUGUCCCGGGCCCGCGCCCACUCCCCCCCACCUCCAGAGCCCUCUGACUCACCCGACCAGGAAGAGGGCAAUGACGACUCGAGCCUCUUGCCACAUGGGAACCACCUGAGCCAGCCACUGGAGGACGAAUACCCCAUCGAGGAAGUGGCGUUGGUGAAAGCGGGCGGCCCCCUGGGACUGAGCAUCGUGGGAGGCAGUGAUCACGCCAGUCACCCGUUCGGCAUCAACGAGCCUGGCGUCUUCAUCUCUAAGGUGAUCUCCCAUGGCUUGGCGUGUCAGAGUGGGCUGCGGGUGGGGGACAGGAUACUGGAGGUGAACACCACCGACCUGCGCCACGCCACCCACCAGGAGGCUGUUAGAGCCCUGCUCUCCAACAAGCAGGAGAUCCGCAUGCUGGUGCGCAGGGACCCCUCGCCUCCCGGGAUGGAGGAGAUAGUGAUCCAGAAGCAGCCUGGAGAAAAGCUGGGUAUAAGCAUCCGCGGCGGUGCCAAGGGCCACGCUGGCAACCCCUUCGACGCCACCGAUGAGGGCAUUUUCAUAUCCAAGGUGAGCUCCAGCGGUGCGGCGGCCAGGGAUGGCCGUCUGCUUGUGGGCAUGCGGAUCUUGGAGGUGAGUAACCACAGCCUGCUGGGCAUGACCCACACGGAGGCUGUACGCGUGCUCCGUGCCGUGGGAGACACCCUGGUCAUGCUGGUGUGUGACGGCUUCGACCCUGGCAACGCUGCCGCUAUAGAGGCGUCACCGGGCAUCAUCGCCAACCCGUUUGCAGCAGGCAUCGUGCGUAAGAACAGCAUGGAGAGCAUCUCCUCUAUCGACCGAGACCUGAGUCCCGAGGAGAUGGACAUCCUACAGAAGGAGGUGGAGAUGGUGCGAGAGACGUCCCAGUGGGAGAGAGAAGAGAUGGAGAAGGUGGAGCGCAUGCGCUUGGAGCGUGAGGAGGAUACUCGCCUGCUAGAAGAGGAGACCGAGAACCUGGGCACUGGGCCUCUGAAACUGGACUACCGGACGCUGGCCGCACUGCCCACCACCGCUCUGCAGAAAGUCAACAGGGCGCCCUCCACUGAGCCCCCCAGGACAGACAGUCCCAUGAGAGACGCCCCCUACUCACCUAGCACACAACCGGCAAGCAUUCAUUUCACCCCUACUGCACUGCCUGCCAAGGAGGAUAUCUCACCACUGAGUCCCUAUGAGACAAGGCCAGGUGCCAUCCAGCCCCUCUCCCGUGGUGGCGGGCCGAUCACCUCGCCAGCCACUCCGGACGGGCACAGCAGUCCCAAUCCCUUCCAGCAUGGCCCCUCCCCCAUCAACUCUCAGACCUUUCUGCAGCCUCGUGCCCCCUCCCCCGACACGAUCGAUGAGUUCCCCCUGAACCCCAAGCAGGCAUACAAGGCAUUCGCCGCCGUGCCUCACUCGCUGGCCGUGCUGGAGCCUCCCCCGCAGGAUCUGUUUGGCCAGAGGAGCAACGUCCAACCCAAUCAGCCUUCCCCUUCUCCAGAGCUGAACAACGAGGUGUUUGAGGAUGAGGUAGAGGGGGACGGGGGAAUGGGUAUGGGUCAGGCAGCCCCCGUCUCUCCCCGACCCUUCCUCUCCUCUGACUGUCGGGACUAUAUGAGUCUGGCAGCAGUGCCACGCCUCUCCAGAGCCUCCAUGGACAUGGUUGUAAAGACUCCAUCACCUGGGGGCAGAGACAACCAGGAGCAGCGCUCCUUCAGGGACAGACAGAAGUACUUUGAAAUCGACACGAAGCAGCAGAUGCCCGACACCAAGCCCAAAGGCCGCGUGUCCCUGGUUGGAGCAGACGACCUGAAGAAGAUGAGGGAGGAGGAAGAGAGGAGAUUCGAGCAGCGGGCACGGGAGUACCUGAUGGAUGAAGAUGACGAGGAGGAGGAUGACCUGGUGAAGCAGAUGGGAGUGUUGAAGGCCACGGGCAAAGUGCUGCUGGACGGGGUGGAGUACAAGGUGGAGCCUGUAGCCACCCCCCGCAGGCACUGUAACACGCCCCCCAGCUACAGCACCACACCCCCUAGCUACUGUGGCAGCUCAGGGCCCUCGUCAGUGGAUGGUAAAGGAGACUACCAGAGGAAUUCCUUAGAGGAGAGCUUCAGGCUGGAGCAGCAGAGGCCCAACUCCAUGACUGGUCUGAUCCCAGUGUACCCUGGAGAGUCGGGGGCUCCCAUCCGGACGGCCAAGGCAGAACGGAGGCAACAGGAGCGGCUGAGGAUGCAGAGUCCAGAGCUGGCCCCAGCCGGAGACAAGGACCUCUCCCCUUCCGAGAAACGGGCUUUGGAAGCCGAGAAGAGAGCCAUGUGGAGAGCAGCAAGGCCCUAUGGCCUAGAGGAGGAUGUUAGGCAGUAUGAGCAGGACCUGGCUAAGAGGCUCUACCAGUCACGAGUGAGGGCGUCUCAGGGCACCGCGCCACCCCCUCAGUCCCAAAUCGCCGCCGCCUCUUCCGCUGCCUCCCAGCUCAGGAUGAAGUCUCUGGAGCAGGAUGCUUUGAAGGCUCAGAUGGUCAUCGCUAAGUCCCGGGAGGGAAAGAAGCGUGGCACACUGGACCAGCUGGCCGAGUCGCCCUCGACCGCCCCCACGCCAUCCCCCACCCCUCUGGAAGAUUUCAGUCCACAAGGAGUGACGUCACCAGGCAGACUGUCCCUGUCGGAAAAGAAGUUUGACUACCGACAGUUUGCUGCCAUUCCUUCUUCCAAACCCGUAUACGACAUCCAGUCCCCUGACGUGGUCGAUGACAUUCAGUUUAUUGACGAUGGCUCCAGUAACCCAGUGCAUGCUGCGGAUCCCGGGACUGAGGUGCCCACUGCCACCUCGGCGCUGGAGAUGGCCCUCUACAGCAGCAAGCGCAAACUGAGGCAGGGCUGCCGCAGCCUGGAGACCGCCGUGCCCACAUAACACCUCACACACAUCUACCACAAGAGACUCGGGAGACAUACAUACACAGAGGCACCGGGUCACUACACACACUCACAGGUUUGGGAGAUGCGUCCCAUGUAACCACUGCAGAGACCAUGAUGCUGAUAGUCAACACACACACACACACACAAUGUCAUAUCCUGCGUGCCAGUCUUGCCUUUACAGUCUGAGGAUGUGUUGGCCUGAACAUGGGGCCCAACGUUCCUGAUGCCAGGGAGGAGGAGGGCCUGUGAGGGGAGCUAGCGUUUACGCUUCAGAAAUACCAUUCUCUUUUUUGGGGGGGGGGGGGUCUUUUUCUUCAGUUUACGUUUUAGUAGCUGAAUUAUAUUAACAGGUGACUUGUGUUUUUACUUUUGACCCUCUGAUUUUUGCUGUUUUAAAGGAAAAAUGUGUUCUGGAAGAGAAAGAGGGAAAAAUAUGAAUUGUGCAGAUGUGAUACUAACUUUUCAGAUGCUAUUUUUGAGCUUUUCAAUGAAUAGAUUGUGAAAUGUCAGGGUUUUUAGCGGGCUUCGGGAGGAGGUGUAUAUAUGGGGAACAUACUGCUACCUUCACUGCCACAUUUUAAACACUACAUACAUAUAUAUCUCAACUGUACUAGCACACUGCUUAGAAAACAAGAUGUUUUCAUUUUAAAUCAUUAAUUUUGCUUGUAUUUUAUUACUCGAUUCUAAAGCCUCCCCUGUAAUACAUUGUUAUCCCCUGUACUUUUGAGUGCAAUAGAACAUAUCAUUUUAUUUAUCAUAAUGACAUCAAUGCAUAUCAUGAUAUAUUAAUUCAAAAGUACAUCUUAUGAGGCAAGCACAUGUUUAAUCCAUAUCACCAAGAUAUUUUAUUUUACAAUGAAUACAUUUGUUUUCACUUUGAUGCACAGGCCUUAACCAGGUUCUGACUGGUACAUUACAAGGAACAUGCUGUCACAGACUUGUAGGAUACUGAUCCCAGUACAGUUUUUCCGUCUCGGCGGAUCAGAGUAAAGGAUCUCUAGCUUUCCUGGACCAGGUUUAUCAAAUUCUGUCCCAUUCCCAUUCUAGAGAAUGUAACUACACUGGAGAGACCAGCAGAGAGACAUACACCCACACACAUGGACAGAUAAGCCACUAGUCUUUAUUCAAAAUGGCUGUAAAUUUAUGAACAUAAUCUCAGCUUCAUCUCCAUUUACAUAUACGGUACUUUCCCAGCCCUUUUGGUGGGCAUCAUUUGUCAAUGUGAAUCUCACUUCUAUCUGGAUGGUUUUCCAGAUUUUUACCGGUGAAGGUAGCAGGUGUUUGCUUUUUUUUUUAUCUGCCUUUGGUUAAUUUAAAUCUGACACCCACUGAAAAUCCUUUAUUGUUGUGUGAAUAAUGUACAAAAUACUGAAUGGAAAGCAAAACUUAAGGUUGAAAUUGAGCCAGUCUACUAAGCCAAGACCAAGCAAGUGUCUGGACUGGGGAGCUCUCCCUUCCUCUCUCUCUCUGCAUGUACAAUAUAUUGGCUUUACUGGGAGAAUCUGUAGAGGCAGAAGACAUUUUGUUAAUCCCUUUUGAAAUGCAUCUCAUUCGACCAUCAUUCUCAAUCUCUUUCCUCUGCUUUACCUGCUGCUGUCAUGGAUGUUAUCUGAUGGCAACUUUGUUGGGAGAGUCAUGACAGUAGCACUCGUGUUUAAUUUAAUGUACUAAUCAUAUCUUUCUGUGUUGCUUUGGCUGACUGAAAUUCAGUUAGGAUGAUAACAUUUGCUAUUGGUUGACAAUGUUUUAGUUUUUUUUUUACUUACUGUAGUGGGUAAAACUUUCCAGACAAAAUGGGAUUCACAACAUUUUUUUAUGCAAAACAACUGUUGGAACUUUUUUUGGUUACACUCUUCUCUUUAAUUAUUUUGGGGGAAUGUUUUUCCCAAACGAGUCAGAGGGAAAGGGUAGGAGUGCUGGGGUCAAGGCUCAUCCAAGACUGUAGCUAGUGAAUUUGUACAACCAAAGAGGUCUAUUUUGUGGUUCAGGAAUAAAAAAGUUUACUUUUCAUUUAACAAGCUGA